AUGCCUGCCAAGAAGCGUUGUCAAUUCCAGUCUGAGACUCCUUGCAAUUCUGCAGCUCUUCGCAUAGUUGGCCAAUGCCCACAUUGCAGGGCAGACUUCUGUGGCGCACAUCGCUUGCCUGAACAUCAUAAUUGCAACAACCUGGAGGAUUGCCGGCAGCAAGCCUUCGAGCGCAACAAGGCAAAGCUAGAGAGCGAACGCACUGUGGCUUCUAAGAUGGCUACUGCAUGA